AAGUGAAUGGCUGUGGAAAAAAACUCGUCAGUGGUGGAGUUUCUUCUUGUGGGAUUGUCAGAGCAACCUGAGCUCCAACUGCCCCUGUUUUUUCUGUUCUUGGUGAACUACGUGGUCACUGUGCUGGGCAACUUGAGCUUAGUUACUCUAAUUUGCCUGAAUUUGCACCUUCACACCCCCAUGUACUUUUUUCUUUGCAACCUGUCCAUCAUUGAUUUCUGCUAUUCAUUUGUCUUUACCCCUAAAAUGCUGAUGGGCUUUAUUUCAGAGAGCAACAUCAUCUCCUUUCCAGAAUGCAUGGCUCAACUAUUUUUCUUCUGCUUUUUUGUCAACUCUGAGUGCUACGUGCUGACAGCCAUGGCCUAUGAUCGUUAUGUGGCCAUCUGUAAGCCGCUGAAGUACACGAUUGUCAUGUCCCCAAAGGUUUGUUUUCUGCUGAUGUCUGGUUCAUAUUUGAUGGGGUUUUCUGGUGCCAUGGUCCACACGGGGCUUAUGCUUAGGCUCACCUUUUGUGAUUCCAAAACCAUCAACCACUACAUGUGUGACAUCUUCCCCCUGCUUCAGCUCUCCUGCAGCAGCACCUAUGCCAAUGAGCUUGCCAGUUCUGUCAUUGUGGGUACCGUUAUCAUUGCAUCGAGCCUCAUUAUCCUAGUAUCUUAUGCUUUCAUUCUUUUUAAUGUCAUUCACAUGUCUCCAGCUAAAGGUUGGUCCAAAGCCAUCCGCACCUGUGGUUCCCAUAUCAUAACUGUUGGCCUGUUCUAUGGAUCUGGGUUGCUUGCGUAUGUGAAGCCAUCUUCUGCUGAAUCUUUCAGCCAAGGAAGAAUUUUCUCCGUGUUUUAUACUAUCGUAGUGCCCAUGCUGAACCCCCUCAUUUAUAGCCUCAGAAACAAGGAUGUCAAACUUGCUCUGAAGAAAACUCUGAAGAGAAUUACAAAUUAA